AUGGCAACGUUAUUACAUGAUAUCGGAACGUCAUUCAAACCACAAACACUAAUUUCAACGAUUAAAUCGACAGUUACUCAUACUGUUGAUAAUAUUGUUGGUAAACAAGAUACAGCACUUAACUUUGCCAAUACAGAUGGUACUGUAACAUUGGAGGAUAUUCUGUCAUUGUCACGUGUCACUCAAAUUGAUAAACAAUUAAAAGCGGAAGAGGAACCACCAACAACUGAUGAAAUGAUUGAAUUAUUAGAACCAUUUUCACACGAAGAAUUUAAUCCACAUUAUUAUGUAAAUACAAUUUUGGAUAAAUCAAAAUAUGACAAGAGAAUGGAAAAGAAAUUGUUGAAUUUUGACAAGGCCAAUUUGAGAGUAUUUAAUAGAUUUACAAAUAAUGAAAAGGAUAAUCAAGAAAAGGAUAACCAAGAAUAUGAAUUAAAUGACGAUGAUGAUUUAGAUGAUCCAAUUUCCCCCUCAUCUCCUACAGCAGUUGGAGCUGCAAAUAGUAAAUUUUUGGAAAAUAAUUCGAAUAAUAAUUUGAAAGAACAACUUUUAAACCCUGGAAAGAAACUUGUAAAGAAGGCAGUUCAAACCACAAAGAAUAUUGCAAAGGAAGUAACAGUUGCUGGUCAUGAAGCUGAAACUAUUAUUAGUGGUAAGAAAUUUCAAAUGAUUCAACAAGAAAAAAUCACCAAAAUUAGUAAGAAUAUUUCUGGUCACAAUGAAAAAGUGCUUCGUAAAAUGGAACAAGUUGUCUCUAGCAAUUUGAUUACAGAUGUAUAUAAUCACUAUGGAUUCUUUAUUCAAACCUCUAAACACAUUGAAAAAAUGGAUGGAGAAUUAGUAGAGUUGGGUAAUUUGUGGAAUGAAAUGAAGAGUACUGUUGGUGAUGCGCUAGUGAGUUUAAAUUCAACAUCAACAUUGAUGGGAGAAUUGUCAAAUUCGUUCAAAUCUAAAGGAAAAUCAACAAAUAGUUCACAAAGCGAAUCAGAAUUGAAGGAUAAGGUCAUGACUAAAAUCAAAGACAUCAAUAAUGACUUUUAUAAUGCCUUACAAAUCAGAGAUUUUGAGUCAAGUAUUCAAUUAUAUGAUCUUGGAAGAAAUAUUGUUGAACAAUUCAUGACUGAUCCAACUAUGAAAAAAUCAAAAGAGGAUAUUGAAGAUGAUACCGAAUCUGAGGUCGAAAUUGUUGAAAAAUUCCAACAAACAGCUCAACGAUUUGUUGAAGUGUUACUUAUUGAACUUGUAAAUUCUAGAAGCCCUUCCUAUAGUGAGCUUGUUGUAAAAUAUUUGACCAUUUUGAACAAUAAGGAGGAGUCUAUCAGUGUCUAUUUGGAUGCACAAAGUAAGAUGAUUGAUGAAGUACUUUCUCACAUUUCAAUUGGUGACCCUCUGGCAUUAAGUGAAGAACUUUCUGCAAGAUUCUUCAAUGCAGUUGCCAAGGUUUGCGAAAACUAUAUCAUCAUUUUUGGAGAUGGAUUGAAGAAAGAAACUUCCAAAUCAGUUGAAGAAGAACCCUCAUCAAACCCUGGCAAUCUUUCUAGUCGUCACAGAAAUACAGCCAAUAAUACAGCAAAAGUGAGUGAGAAGGCUGCUCAACUCCUUUCGAAUAUUCCUCACGGAGCACACAACAGCGGUUUCAUCAAUUGGGUAGUCACCCAAACCAUUGAAAAGUUCUGCAUGAAAUUCAAAAAGGGUAUAGGACCAGUUUUGAAAAUGGAUUUCAAGAAAAUGACUCAAGCACUCACAAUAGCAUUUAGAAACUCACAGAAAAUGAAUAUUCAAGGUCUCUCAGUUCAACACUUACUCACAGAGUUCUUUAGACGUGACUUGGAAGUUUCCAUUCAACACUUUAUGGAUUUAAAGGCUUCACAUCUUACCGAACUAGUGACCAAUGAAAGUUGGAAAGGAUUCAAUUAUGCUUGGGAUUCACACUCACCAAAUUUAACAACAUCAAGCUCUGCUAACAAUAGUAGCCUUGUAUUUAUAACAGAUAGUGGUAAAUAUCUCUACAAGUUUGCUAAUGAAUAUGUAGAGUAUUUAAAGCCAGUUGCUAAUGUUUUCCUUUAUCAAGCAGCAGUCAAUCCUGUCAAAGAUAUGCUGGAAGAAUACAUUUUGGAUAUUUUCAAGAUGGCUAAUACUCACUUGAGUGAUCAACAAUUCUGUUGCAUGAUUUGUAACCUCAGCAGUGUUAGAUACCAUCUACUUCCAAAGUUUUUCGAAAAGAUGAAACAAUUAUUUGGUAUUGAAAUGGUUCAAUUCUCUCUUUUCUUGAAGAGUACACACGAUAUUAACCAAAAGAUUAUUGAGAGAUUUUGUGAUAAUCGUAUUGCCAUUAUAAUGGACCAAAUGAAAUUGGGAGAACCAAAGAAUUAUCCUCUUCAUACUCUCUACUCUCCUAGCACAACUGCGGAAGGUCUCUCAAGCACAGAUCUUGGAAAGUUGGUUGUUUCUUCAUCUGUCACAAAGUUUGUAUCAUAUGUGAAAAAGUCACAAUCCAUGUUUGAAAGUUUCCCUCAACUUCAAAAACAACCUAUUGCAGCUAAACUUUUGGAACUUUACUUCAAGCACAUGUUGGAAAUUCCAUUCUUUUGGAAUCUUCUGGAAAAUAAGAAAAUUGAUCCUGAAUUGAAGGUAAAUCCCAUUAAUGUUUUACAACUCAAUUCCAUGAUAUUGGAUUUGGUUUUCAUUGAGAUUGUAUGCAAUCCAAUCAUGGAUGAAAAUUUGAGAAAAGGAUGUGAAACUCUCAAAACCAAGAUGGUUUCCAAAUAUUGUGCUCUAAAUGGUAUAGAAAGCUCUGCAGUUCUCAAAGAAGAUUCAUACUUUGCUCUCAUUGUUAAAAAGCUGUCCCAGGAGAAUGAUUCUGUUGCUCAAUUAAUCAAAUUCUUUAAAGAUUUUUAUGAAGGCAAGGAUACCUCAUCACCAUAUUCCAAUAACUCGAGUCCUUCCAUUUCUUCUAGAACUACCGAAAGACCAAGCAGUUCUGCCAAUACAAGAAACAACAACAAUACGGUCACUAGUACUAGCACUAUCUCAUCAAGAAGUAACAAUAAUACCAAUAAUAACAGCACUGCCUCUAGUACUGCUUCCUCUUCAAACACGGCUACAAGCUCCAGUCCGACCACAAGUUCAACUACCACAGCAACUAGAACAAGAACAAGACGUUUCUAA